AAAAAAAAAAUGGAAAAAGAAGGGACAAGUCACGGAGACAAAUUAGCAGCACGCAAAGAAGAAGCUCCAAGAAUCUGUCUUUUGAGUUUUUGAGAAUCUUAAGGGUCAGAAUUCGCCAUGGCUGUCACAGCAUUCAACUCACUGAAACUUGCGUCUUCGUUUUUAGAUCCGAUUCCUUCUGUCUCUUCUUCUUCUUAUUCAUUCUCUCUGAUAUCUGUCGGAUCUCCUCUUAAGCGAACAAGUCUAAAACAGACAUGUUCUGUUUCAAUUCGAGCCAUGUCUUCUUCAUCUUCGUCGGCUGCUUCCUUCGGAUCGAGAAUGGAGGAGAACAUUAAAAAAACAGUGACUGAGAACACUGUUGUUGUUUACUCUAAAUCUUGGUGCUCAUACUGUACUGAAGUGAAGAUAUUGUUCAAGAGACUUGGGGUUCAGCCACUGGUUAUAGAAUUGGAUGAACUUGGUGCACAAGGGCCACAGCUGCAAAAGGUACUGGAAAGACUUACUGGGCAACACACUGUUCCUAAUGUUUUCGUCGGGGGUAAGCACGUUGGUGGUUGCACAGAUACAGUGAAGCUUAACAGGAAAGGAGAUCUGGAACUGAUGUUAGCUGAAGCCAACGGUAAAAACGGUCAGACCUGAGAAUAUGAUGAAAUUGGUUUGGAGAUUUUGCAUAUGGGGAGCUUUGGAACCUUGUUUCGUUACUUAUCAUCAUUGAACCUUGAUUUGUAUACAAUAAGUAAUUAAAAUAAAAGAUUAUAUCAUGUAAUUGUUGAUCUUUGUUUUAUAUAUCAUCACUCUUGCCUCUU